CUCUCUGAUUCCUUUUUCGGCGUUGCCCCGUUCGGCCCCAACAGAGGAAGAGGAACGGCGGCGGUAGGGAUAGCGAUGGCGGCGUCUGGGGGUUCCGGCAGCGAUCAGGACGAGUUCUACCUGCGGUACUACGUAGGUCACAAGGGCAAGUUCGGGCACGAGUUCCUGGAAUUCGAGUUCCGCCCUGACGGCAAGCUCCGCUACGCCAAUAACUCCAACUACAAAAACGACACCAUGAUCCGCAAGGAGGUCUUUGUCUCCCCCGCCGUCCUCCGCGAGUGCCGCCGCAUCAUCGCCGACAGCGAGAUCAUGAAGGAGGACGACAAUAACUGGCCACCGCCCGACCGGGUCGGCAGACAGGAGCUGGAGAUUGUUAUGAACAACGAGCACAUCUCCUUCACCACCUCCAAGAUCGGGUCCCUCGUCGACGUCCAGGGCAGUCAGGAUCCUGAAGGGCUUCGCGUCUUCUAUUACCUCGUCCAGGAUCUCAAGUGCUUUGUUUUUUCUCUAAUUUCUCUGCACUUCAAAAUCAAACCCAUUCAGUCCUAAGUUUGUGUUUGUGUUUGUGUUUCUGCUUCAUCUGCUUGGACUUCUUCUCUGACCAUUAUAAUUGUGUAAGUUGAUCUUGAGUGUCGCAGACAGUUUAUGAAAGCUUGUUUAGAUGAUCCUUUUGUGUGCUACAAUGACCAUGACACUUUACUGAUUCUAUUGGUUUCAUAUGUGCUGUAUUUUGACAAAAUUUGGGUGAAUGAGUUUAUGAAGCCUUCUGUGCACCA